ACUGGGGGUGUUCUCUCUGGCGUCGACCUCCGGGGCCGCUCUGAAUGCUCGCUCCCCGGCUCUGUGCUGUCACUGCGGCCGCUCUCAGAGGCACAUGUUGUUUGUGGACCGUUCAGUAACCGAACCUAUGCUGCCAUGAUUGCUUUGUGUCGCCUGGUUCACAGAGGACUGCUGAGCAUCCGGCCGUCCUGCCGUUUGUUCGUCGGACAGGUGGAUGCGGCGACCCCGGUCCGGACAGCCAGCUCGUCCAGUCCUGUCAGCUUGAGUUAUGACGUGUUCGACGGAAAGGGAGAGAGCACUCCCCUGGUGUUUCUCCACGGCCUCUUCGGCAGUAAAUCCAACUUCCACUCAAUCGCCAAGUCCUUGGUGCAGCGCACAGGCCGAAAGGUGUUGACUGUAGAUGCCCGUAACCACGGUAACAGCCCUCACACCCCGGACCUGACCUAUGAAGCGAUGGCCGCCGAUUUGAAGCAUCUCCUCGGCCAGCUGCACAUCGAGAAGUGCGUCCUCAUCGGCCACAGCAUGGGCGGGAAGACCGCCAUGACAACCGCUCUGACACAGCCCAGUUUGGUGGAGCGGCUGGUGGUGGUGGACAUCAGCCCGGCCCAGACCACCACGCGCACCAACUUCCGCUACUACAUCCAGGCCAUGCAGGAGAUGAAGAUCUCCACCGACAUCCCUCGCUCCACCGCCAGGCGGAUGGCUGAGGAUCAGCUGCGGAGUUUAGUGAAGGAGCACUCUGUGCGUCAGUUCCUGCUGACCAACCUGGUGGAGGAGAACGGACAUUACGCCUGGAGGGUCAACCUGGAGGCCAUCGCAGCUCACCUGGAGGAAAUCAUGAGUUUCCCCAAACUGGACACCGUCUACGAGGGGCCAACGCUGUUUCUGGGCGGAGCCAGUUCUGCUUACAUCAGCUCCGACGAUUACCCAGAGAUCCAAAGGUUGUUCCCCAACGCCGACAUCCAGUACAUCCCAGACGCGAGCCACUGGAUUCACGCUGACAAGCCUCUGGACUUCAUCAGCUCCAUCAUCUCCUUCCUCCAGUCUUAGCCGCCUGCGGCCGCGCCUGCAGACUUUCUACUGCGAUCCUAAUAUUCGCCAUAACAGGACCAAACCCGCUCUGUUUUGCAGCAGUCAGUUCUUAUUUUUAAAGCCAUUAGUGGUUUUGCUGUUGAGGAUUUUGAUUUAAUUUAGUGGUUGAAGAUUAUCCAGCUUGUAGAUACGUUUCAGUUGACCUGUUUAUAGAUCCGUUUAACAUCAUGGGGUUGUUUUUGGAGGUAAUGUACUAAUCCAAAGAAACUGUCAUUUGCACUGCACUGUCUUUAUGUUCGUAUACAGUCGAUCGCAAAAGUUACACACCUCAUUUAGAAAGCCAUGAAAGGAUGCGCUGCAGAAACACAAAAUCUGACCAAGUAUGUUUGGGCUUGUUUUAAGUAAAAAAUUCAUUAUUGAUGGAAAAAGUACGACCUCUACUUGUGGGGAAAAUAUCUUAUUAUAUUCCUUAACAUUUUUCAUCGUUGUUAUGAAAUAAUUGACUCAAAACAAACUCCUAUAUCUUGCUAAGUUACUUCUAAGUCAGUUUGUCUUAUUUCAAUUGAACUAUGAUUUUUGCAGUAGGAGCUAGACCGAAAUACUUGGUAAAAUAUUGUUUUUGCAGUGUAAUAAAUCAUUUUAAACAUUUAUCGGGACACAAAUGGACAUUGGUUACAGAGAAAGUCAAACAAUUGAAGCACUUUUUGAUUUAAUUUCAGCUUUUGGUCGCAACCUCCCGUCUUGACUUAACCAUAUUUGACAUCCUCCACAGCCCAAAACUCACUGAUGUUCAGAAUUUCUUCAAUAUGAAGAGAAGUAACCCCAUGCCAUGAUGCUGCCACUGCCAUGUUUCACCAUAGUUUUAGUGCUGCUUUGUGCCAACCUAUCUUAUUAAAUUGUAGCCCUGAAAUUAAUUUUUAUUUCUUUAAACCAAAGUUUCAUUCAUAAAAUGCACUUUUUUUCUUUUUUUUAAAGUCCAAGACAAACAGAGGAAACAGCGAAUAGUGGAAAUCUCCCAGUCCGUUGCCUCUGCCAGUCCUUCAUUUCCGAUUUAUAAACUCGUUUAGCUUUGCAUCAAUUGUUUUUGAAUUGCAAAAUGUUCUGAUUAUUUCAGACUGUCUUCCUAGUGUCAUGCUUUUCAUAUAAUAUGUAUUUUUCUCUUAACGUCGCCUUCAGACAGGAAUCUUUUUAGGCUAAUGGAUAGAAAUGAGCUUAACUUGACUUCAGGUUCACCAGUUUUACUGUAAUUGAUAGAAAACUAAAUGCUGAAAUUCAGUCAAAAAGUGAUUCACAUAUUAAUACUUGAUUGUUACAUCAAACAAAAGUUGCAUUAAAUUCAAAAUAAGUAGGUUAUGUGCAGAGUUGCGAGAGCCGCUGUAUUUAUGUCAGGAUUGUGAAGGAAGUGUUUUCUGUGUUUGUGGAUGUGAGUUAAAGCAGCACUGCGGUAAAAUAAAAACUGUAUUUGA